AUGUCUCGCAUUGCCAAGCAGCGUCUGCAAGCGCUCAGUCAGCAGCUGGUCGAGGGGAUCCCCGACGCAGGAAGCUUCGAGGAUAUCCCUCGCAUCCGCAAGGUUGCGCCUGAUACGGGGGGGGAUCGUGUCAAGGAGAAGGUCAUCAUCGUAACAGGAGCCAACUCGCCCACUGGAAUCGGCCGUGCAACAGCACACCAGUUCGCCCGGAACGGCGCCCGGGCAAUCUACCUCUGCGACUUUGCAGACAGCCAUCUGGCGACACACAAGCGAGAGCUGGCCUCUCUGUACCCGGACGUGGCGGUACAUCUGCGCACGUUCGACGCGGCGGACGAAGCCGCCGUGAAGAGCGUGGUGGACGAUGCCGUGCGCGAGUACGGGCGUCUGGAUGUCUUCUUCGCCAACGCGGGCGUGGUGGGCCACAGCUCGAAGCUGGUGACGGAGUUGACCGCCGACGAGUUCGCCCGCACGUUACGCACCAACACGGUCUCGGUGUUUCUGGCUGUCAAGUACGCCGUGCCCGCGAUGAAGCGCACGGAUCCGGCCUCGAAACCGUAUCCCGGCGGGUCGAUCGUGCUGACGGCUUCCGUCGCCGGGCUGCGCUCCAACGCCGGCUCGACGGAUUACUCGGCGUCCAAGGCCGGGGUGGUCUCUGUCGCACAGACGGCCGCCUUCCAGCUGGCCGGGACGGGCAUCCGCGUCAACGCCGUGUGUCCGGGCCUGGUCGAGACGGGCAUGACGCAGCUCAUGUACGACACGGCGCGGCAGCGCGGGUCGGAGGGCAAGAUCGGCCAGCUCAAUCCCUUACGCAGGGGCGCCGUUGCCGAUGAGAUCGCUAGGGUCGUCCUCUUCCUGGCUAGCGAGGAGAGCAGCUACGUCAAUGGCCAGGCCUGGGCUGUCUGUGGGGGGUUGAGUGCUGGGCAUCCUGUAGUUCCAGGGAAGUUGGCUUGAGAAAAGUAAAUACUAUAAGUACUACUGUAAAGCUACAGUAAUGCUACAAGACAAGUACCAAGUACUGCAUGUGCAGAGUAGAUCAUAUCUACAUGACCGAGGCCAGCGAGUAUAGAUAGACAAAGGAAAACAGCAGAGAGAGAAUCGAUCA